UCGAAAGUUGAGUGACAGCAGUACAAGAAGAGCAGAAGUUGAUAGCUGGACGUCUUGCAGUGAGGAUGGUCUUAACCGAGCUCAGUUUCCCUGGUGAACAUGUUAUAGAUCUGCACAGAGUCGUCCGAUGGAUCAGGGUUCACUCUCCUUCUCUGUCUGCGCUAUGAUGCUCUGUCUGCUCGGAGCCGCAUGCUGCUCCAACGGAGACAGUUGUCCAUGUUCAGAUAUUCCUCACCUGCCUCUAACUAAACCUCCACCAGAGACGUGUUACAACACUUUUCGCUACAUUUGUGUCGACAGUUAUGUGAGGAAAGUGGGAACCUCAAACCUCAUCAAAUGCAAGCAAAAUAACGGUGCUCCAUACUGGACCAAAGCCUCCCUCAACUGUAUACCUGAUCCAUUGAGACGCACAACACAACCACCGCAGAGCAAAGGAACAACGAGUCGCACCGACAUUCUCCGGGACGUCCACAUUACCUCCGCCAUCACACCAGCUCCCACCAGCCGCCAGACGACACAGAGUGGAAGCACCUCAGCUCCCACCCAGGCUCCAGAAACGAGCACCGCAGAGCGGACCUCGGAUGCUGAGCAUUCGUCUCCCUCACAGGUAACUUUUCUGACAGAGACUGAAGCAACGAACCGGACAACAUCAAGCGCACCCACCACUGAGCCUUCCACUUACACCACAGUUGAUCCUAAAAAGCAACGCCACACUCACCACAUACUUGGCAGAACAGCUGGGCUGAUCGUCUGCGUUUUCUUGGUGAUCGUCUUUGCUGUCUUUGGAAGCGGCUACUCAUGGUAUAGAAGGAGGUCAAGAAACAGAUACCCAAUGGGGACAGCAGAAGAAAAGAUGUCCAUGAAUGAUAUUUCAUCUGGACUGCCGUCGUAGAGUUUGUGCCCUUUGACCUUCUGCUGUCAUGGAG